AUGACCAUUUUGAGUUCAAGUUCUGAGGCGAGCUCCGAAACUUCGGAGACUGGAACGUCUUCGGGAGAUCCAUCGGGCCGAAAACCUUGGUGCCGAUGGUUGCCCCGAUCGUACCUGUUGGUCUUGGUGAUCAAUGCCACUGCGACCCUUCUGCUGUGGCCUGCUGAAGCUCAGUAUCCUGAUUGGUGGUACAAUGUUCCUCCUGUCUGUCCACUUAAGAUGCGACUCUUCUUCUUUGGGCUGAUGCUGUCGAGUUUGGGAGCCGGCUGUGUAGCAGCCUUUCUGGUGAGAAGGGCUGAAGCUUCAGGUCAUACAAAGUGGGCCUGUGGCUAUGCCAUAAUCAACUGGAUUCAAGCCAUGUUGGGCUCACUGGGAAUGGACAAUCCAGACACGGGGAACUGCAGGUAUGGAGUGAUACCAGAUAGAGUCUCCGGAGGCAAAAUUUGGUAUUGGGCACUUGCAUUGUGCCGAUUGCUGCUGUAUCUCGUUGCCUCCUUCUGGAUGCAGACACUCAUCGCUUCACGGCUGGAUCUCUUGGAGCAAUCUUCCAAUCGGAACUACCGCAGCAGCUGCUUUCGCAAACUGAUGUGGGCCCAAGUCUUUGGGGCAGCAGUGGUUCUGCUUCCCAUUGCGGGCAUGAUUCAUGAGAUCAUUACGGAUAGCUGCAUCGGAAGUAUCAUUUUCGUUACAAGUACCAUCAGUCUGAUCGCAAUAGGAGGCAUCACAUUGCUGUGCAAUUGGGCAGCGAGCAUAGUGGCCAUUUGCUCUUUCGGAAAGUCUUACUCGGAGCUGCGGAAGAUUUGUCGCCUGGCAGAAGCCAAUGAGGCGCCUAUUUCCGCAAGAUCUUCCUUGAGACGAGCCCGAAGGUUUGCUGGUUUGCAAGGGUUGGGUGUAUCAUUUAGCCUCGUGUUCACGGUUCUGCUCGUUCCAGCACGUGUUGUUUCUAUUGCUGUUGCAAACUAUGACAGCUAUGACGCGUUGACGGUGGUCCUGUUUCUUAUUCAAGCUUUUGAUGCCCUGGGAAAUGCUGUGGCCGUUCUCCUUCUGUCCGGCAGUCACAGGAUGGCCAAAGUUGAAAGGAGUCAGGGGAGCCACAGGAGCUGGAAAGUCGAAAAGGCCGAGCAUAGCAGAAACCAACAGACUUCGCAUGAAGAUGUGAACUGGACUAGAAAGGUGGAAGAACUUUCAAUGCGGGGGAUGACUUUGAGGAGUCUCCUGCAGUUCUAUCAAGAAAACCUCCCUUCAAUGCCAGAUUGGAAAUAUGCGCCCAGGGAACACAAGACCAGAGAUGUGGUCCGAAGAGCAAUCAUCCCAUUGACUAGCAGAGAAGAAUGUGCAUUCUCAGUUUCAGUUUUCAACAAGGAUGGUCCGAAACGGGCACAGGUCAUGGUGACCCACAAUUGGGGCAACUCGUUCAGCGACCUGCUGGCUGCAGUGCUGUCGGAUGCCCUGCAGGACCUUCUGGCGAAGAUGGGGCGGUUGGAUCACACGUAUUGGAUCUGUGCGUUUGCUGUGAACCAACACAUCAGCAUCUGCCACAGCAACCCGUAUGACCGGGAUCCUUUCACAAAUCAGCUGCACCCAGUGUGCCACUGCAACAGCACAAACAUCAUUGACUCGGAUGGCCGAAGUGCUUCGUCAGAGAUCAACAAGUUUGAUGACAUGAUGCGUCUUCUUGCCACGACUGGGGGAUGCCGACAAGUGAUUGCAGUGGACAAACCUCUGGAUUUGUUUCGCCGUGCCUGGUGCGUGGCUGAGAUUGCGGAAGCCAAACGUUUGCAGAUGGACCAGUCAUUGAAACUCUGGUCCAAAGCAACGCUGCAGGGACGCGCCCGGACAUUGGAAAACUUGGAUGUGCGGGACAUGCGUGCCUCCUCGGAAAAGGACAAGGAACUCAUCCUUGGCAAGAUUCAGGAUGUAGAUGAUUUCAAUGCCAAGCUUCAGGUGCUCAUUUUUGAUCCAAAAUCAGGCCUUGUUGCCACAUGGAAUGCCAUGGAUAGCCUGCAGCAGAUUGGUGAAGUGGGCCGGCUCAUUCGAUGGGGCCUGGCAGAUGCAGGAUGUUGGAGCAACCGGGAGGCGGAGGCGAGCUCCGAAACUUCGGAGACUGGACAGUCUUCAGGAGAUCCAUCGGUCCGAAAACCUUGGUGCCGAUGGUUGCCCCGAUCGUACCUCCUGGUCUUGGUGAUCAAUGCCACUGCGACCCUUCUGCUGUGGCCUGCUGAUGGUUUGGAUCCCUGUCCACUUAAGAUGCGACUCUCCUUCUUUGGGCUGAUGCUGUCGAGUUUCGGAGCGGGCUGUGUAGCAGCCUUUCUGGUGAGAAGGGCUGAAGCUUCAGGUCAUACAAAGUGGGCCUGUGGCUAUGCCAUAAUCAACUGGAUUCAAGCCAUGUUGGGCUCACUGGGAAUGAACAAUCCACUGUGGGGGUACUGGCAAUGCACGUAUGGAGUGAUACCAGAUAGAGACUCCGGAGGCAAAAUUUGGUAUUCUGCACUUGCAUGCUGCCGAUUGCUGCUGUAUCUCGUUGCCUCUUUCUGGAUGCAGACACUCAUCGCUUCACGGCUGGAUCUCUUGGAGCAAUCUUCCAAUCGGAACUACCGCAGUGGCUGCUUUCGCAGACUGAUGUGGGCGCAAGUCUUUGGGGCAGCAGUGGCUCUGCUUCCCAUUGCGUGCCUGCUCUUUUGUUUCAGUGUUUUUUUUGUUUUUUUGUCUGCCAUUGUUUGUACUGCAGGUUGGAUCAGUCUGAUCGCAAUAGGAGGCAUCACAUUGCUGUGCAAUUGGGCAGCGAGCAUAGUGGCCAUUUGCUCUUUCCGAAAGUCUUACUCGGAGCUGCGGAGGAUUUGUCGCCUGGCAGAAGCCAAUGAGGCGCCUAUCUCUGCAAGAUCUUCCUUGAGACGAGCCCGAAGGUUUGCUGGUCUGCAAGGGUUGGGUGUAUCAUUUGGCCUCGUGUUCACGCUUCUGCUCGUUCCAGCACGUGUUUUUUCUAUGCUUCUGCCUUAUGGCUAUGACUCUUUGCAGGUGGUCUUGUUUCUUAUUCAAGCUUUUGAUGCCCUGGGAAAUGCUGUGGCCGUUCUCCUUCUGUCCGGCAGCCACAGGAUGGCCAAAGUUGAAAGCAGUCAGGGGAGCCAGUGUGGCUCGAAAGUCGAAAAGCCUGAGCAUAGCAGAAACCAACAGACUUCACAUGAAGAUGUGAACUGGACUAGAAAGGUGGAAGAACUUUCAAUGCGGGGGAUGACUUUGAGGAGCCUCCUGCAGUUCUAUCAAGAAAACCUCCCUUCAAUGCCAGAUUGGAAAUAUGCGCCCAGGGAACACAAGACCAGAGAUGUGGUCCGAAGAGCGAUCAUCCCAUUGACAAGUAGCGAAGAAUGCGCAUUCUCAGUUUCAGCUUUCAACAAGGAAGGUCCGAAACGGGCACAGGUCAUGGUGACCCACAAUUGGGGCAACUCGUUCAGCGACCUGCUGGCUGCAGUGCUGUCGGAUGCCCUGCAGGAAUGCAGUUUCAGCUUGCCAGCAGAACUUCUGCAGGAGGAGUGCGCUUUCCUGCAGGACCUUCUGGCGAAGAUGGGGCGGUUGGACGACACGUAUUGGAUCUGUGCUUUUGCUGUGAACCAACACAUCAGCAUCUGCCACAGCAACCCGUAUGACCGAGAUCCUUUCACAAAUCAACUGCACCCAGUGUGCCAGUGCAACAGCACAAACAUCAUUGACUCGGAUGGCCGAAGUGCUUCGUCAGAGAUCAACAAGUUUGAUGACAUGAUGCAUCUUCUUGCCACGACUGGGGGAUGCCGACAAGUGAUUGCAGUGGACAAACCUCUGGAUUUGUUUCGCCGUGCCUGGUGCGUGGCUGAGAUUGCGGAAGCCAAACGUUUGCAGAUGGACCAGUCAUUGAAACUCUGGUCCAAAGCAACGCUGCAAGAACGUGCCCGGACAUUGGAAAACCUGGAUGUGCGGGACAUGCGUGCCUCCUCGGACAAGGACAAGGAACUCAUCCUUGGCAAGAUUCAGGAUGUAGAUGAUUUCAAUGCCAAGCUUCAAGUGCUCAUUUUUGAUCCAAAAUCAGGCCUUGUUGCCACAUGGAAUGCCAUGGAUAGCCUGCAGCAGAUUGGUGAAGUGGGCCGGCUCAUUCGAUGGGGCUUGGCAGAUGCAGGCAGUGGAAAAGUGUGGAAAGCAUGGGACGGCCACAACUGAAUCCAUUUUUAAGCACAGCCCAGAAGAGGCAUGUGCCAAUCUCACUUUUGCGAUCUGCCACCCACAAGAGGCAGCAAAUUCAGAUUGGAUAAAAUAGAUGCAUGACCAGCAAGAGUUUCGUGAUUUUUGCAAAGUGUUGCAGAAAUUCGCAAUCCAAACAUAUC